GCGUUCGCAUUCUCCUCCUCCUUCUCGUCACAAUCUUUGGCGACGCUACAUUAGUAACCAUUCCGAGAAAUGCCCCCCCCCCCAAAAGUAGCCGCUUUCGGGAGCCAAUACGCGCGCGCAAACCCGAGAUUCGGCGUUUCGCCGCCCCUGCUGGCCUCCGUUCCGUUUCCUUUUCCCGGAAAAGCGAUGCGAGCGAAACUGUCAUCGAGGGGUACCGCCCGCAGUUGCCUGGCCUCGGGAGAGGGAAGCUGACGCGGGGAACGAAAGAGCUUUCUUCCUGCGGCAGCUGCCGAGCAAGAACUGCAAGCUUAGAGAAGGGAAGAAGCGACUCUCUGGCGGAAAUGGCCAGCACUGUGACAGAGCAUGGAAAUGUGAGGAUCAUCACUCAAACAGUCCCACAGACAGGCUCUGUGCCAACACCGGCAGCUACCGUCAGAGUGGUUGACUCUGCUUCCGGGGCAUCUCAGUUUGUACUAACCCAUAACAAAAAGAUCAAGAAUACUCUGCUCAAUGUGAUUGGGAUCAUGCAGAUUGCUUUUGGGGUUACGCACGUGAGCUUUGGCAUUGCCCUGACAGCAGCUCAAAAAAGCUUCAGUAUCACUGUGCAAAGUGGCACUUACUUCUGGAUUGGAAUCCUGCUCUUGAUCACUGGGUCUUUGUUGGUAGAAGUUGAGAAAAGACAAUCUGUUCAACUAGUGAAAUCUGCUUUCUUUGCCAACUUGAUAUUUUGUAUAGCUGGAUUGAUUGCAAUAGUCCUACAUGGUAUUGAGAUUGCACAAACUGUUAAAGAAGGAAACCCAUGUGACUCGCACCCCAGUCACUACUGCCGAAAUUAUCAUCAGAUUAUAUUGUAUGGCCUGAACUCUGUGUUCAUCAUCUUUGUGCUUCUUGAAGUAUUCUUAGCUGUCAUGGCUGUGAUCAGGCUCAAGAUUCAAAAGCAACAGACCUAUCAACCAAUGACAUCAUGAAGACAAGUGGUUUCUCUUCUCCUGUCGCACCAUGCUGAAUAUUUACUCUAGCGACUUCCCUGGCUUAAGCUAGUGUGAGCUUCCUACCAUCUCUUGACUUUUUCAGUAAAGCUUCCCUUCCCUUGCUAAAUCCCAAAGACCUGUCUCCAUCUAGAAAUGGAGAACAAGUUUUGUAUUUGUUUAUUAUGAACUUCUCCUAUAUACCCUAGGAAAGCCACAGGACUGUCCCAAAUACAAGGCCUGUUACACUCCCUGCAUUAUGAAAUAUCCUCUGUAGUUUCAUCAACUUAGCCUGACAAGCACCAAUCUUGAUAUGUGCUAGGGGUUCUCAGUGUAGAUUUUAUCAUAGCUCUACCAUCAUUCCCUUUCAUUUGUAACUUUUUGAGGUCUUCAUGAAGAAGAGACAGAUAAUCUGCAAGUGAUCUCCCCUCCUCCCCUUCCCCCCCCCCCGGCAAUGCCAUUUGUUUGGAAUCGCCUAAAAUUUGUAUAUUUUCAUCUGUGUGUUUGUAUGAGAGACAGAUUUCGCCAAGCAGGCUUUCUGAGUUUUUUCAACAUUUUUCUUUUUUAUAAAUAACUAUUAAAAUUUUAAGAUGACAGAAACUAUUGAGAACUAAUAUUAGAA